AUGUCACCUGACCCUCCAGAAAUAGCAAAAGAUUCAACAACUAUCGGUGCUUGGUCAAAUUACAAUCAUUCUUCUGCCAAAUGCAACAGGACUGUUGCUGAAACACUUGAGCAAAUUUCUAUGGAUCGUUUUCACUCACAGCCAAUCGAAAACUCAAAUUCUAACCUUAGAAGCAAAGAAAGUUUAUUGCUUUCUCUUCAGUCACCCAAUACAAGCCAAUUCUGGAUGGAAGGAAUAGAGUGCGCAGAACAACUCGGCUUACCAAAACCCAUAGUUGUGGAUCUUAAUUUGACGAAAGAGAAAUGUGACCAGCUGUAUAAAAAAAUCCGAAGGCGACAAAGUGACAGCCAUGGAGAGUCAGAAUUAUUAGGCACAGAAGGGCAGGGCUCGUCAAAACAAUUCAUCGUUGUUGGAAGCCCUGUUUUGGAUGAGACAUCAGCAGAAGUAGAGUCACUACCUAAUAAAAACACUGGCGAUGGAAGUUAUAAUAGUUUAAACCAUGAUCUUGAAGAUGAGAGCCGAACUAGAAUGAACUUUAUUCUGACUUCUAUGGAUUGUCCAAUUACACUACCACCACCACCGCCCCAAACUCCAAGUCUAUCACUGUCACAAAUGUUACUGCUAUCACCACCGACAACUUCACCAGUCUUAUCUCUACCCUACCCACCUGAACCAUUUCCGGCGCUAGAAACAGCUUCCUCCACAAUACCAGCAUUACUAUCUCCCGUUCUGGGGGAUAGAAAUGAUUCAUUUAGCCGAAAUCGAUCUGCCUUUUCCAAAGCACUGCAUUCUUCAUCGUUAGUUAUUUCGAGGCCACCCGAAAAUGAAUUACUCUCCAGGUGGGUAAACACGAAGGCGAUAAAUAAUCUGUAUAAUUAUGUAGGCCUCUUGAUCAGACAACGAUAA